AAAGUUUUUUAGCGACAAAAGAAAAAGCAUCCUUAAAUUUUGCAUUAAUUUCGCAUAAAAUACCGCAAAAAUGAGUGAUAUCGACGAAGAUUUCAUGUGCGAUGAUGAAGAAGAUUACGGAUUGGAAUAUUCGGAGGAAAGUAAUUCCGAGCCGGAUGUCGACCUGGAGAAUCAAUAUUACAACAGCAAGGCGCUCAAAGAAGACGACCCCAAAGCAGCUCUAAUUUCCUUCCAAAAAGUCCUGGACCUGGAAAACAACGAAAAAGGCGAAUGGGGCUUCAAGGCACUCAAACAAAUGAUCAAAAUCAACUUCAAAUUGCUGAACUACAAGGAAAUGAUGAUCCGGUACAAGCAAUUGUUGACUUAUAUCAAGUCAGCGGUCACGCGAAAUCACUCGGAAAAGUCCAUAAACUCCAUUUUGGACUACAUCAGCACGUCGAAGAACAUGGAGUUGCUUCAGGAUUUCUACGAAACGACCUUGGAUGCCCUCAAAGAUGCCAAAAAUGAUCGUUUGUGGUUCAAAACGAACACAAAACUCGGCAAAUUGUACUACGAUCGCAACGAAUUCGGCAAAUUGCAGAAAAUUCUGAAGCAAUUGCACCAAAGUUGUCAAACGGACGACGGCGAGGACGACUUGAAGAAGGGUACGCAGCUCCUGGAGAUCUACGCCCUCGAAAUUCAGAUGUACACGCAACAGAAAAACAACAAAAAAUUAAAAGCGUUGUACGAACAGUCGCUUCACAUCAAAUCUGCGAUCCCGCAUCCCCUAAUUAUGGGCGUCAUUCGCGAAUGCGGCGGCAAAAUGCAUUUGCGCGAAGGCGAAUUCGAGAAAGCGCACACGGAUUUCUUCGAGGCAUUCAAAAAUUACGACGAAAGUGGCUCCCCGCGUCGUACCACAUGCUUGAAAUAUCUCGUUUUGGCCAAUAUGCUCAUGAAAAGUGGCAUCAACCCCUUUGAUUCGCAAGAGGCAAAGCCCUACAAAAACGAUCCCGAAAUCCUGGCAAUGACAAAUCUCGUGGUUUCCUACCAAAAUAACGACAUUAUCGAAUUUGAGUCGAUUUUGCGCAAUAAUCGCAAUAAUAUCAUGGCAGACACUUUUAUCCGCGAACAUAUUGAGGAUCUUCUCAAAAAUAUUCGAACACAAGUUUUGAUCAAAUUAAUUCGACCGUAUACGCGGAUUGCGAUUCCUUUUAUUUCGAACGAGUUGAAUAUCGAGCCGGCAGAAGUGGAAAGUUUGUUGGUUUCGUGCAUCUUGGAUAACACGAUUCAAGGCAGGAUUGAUCAGGUGGGGCAAGUUUUGGAAAUUGAGAAGGAAACGAGAUGCGCGGCGAUGCACGAUGCCAUUGAUAAGUGGUCGAAUCAACUUAAUUCCGUGCAACUGGCGAUCGUUAAUAAAAUGGGAUAGAAAGUGAUAAAUUGAACGUAGAGUUGGAUGUUGCAGUAACUUACAUACAUGAUAAAAUGUUUUCCAAAAAAAAUACUAAAAAGCUGAGAAAUUGAUGAUUAAUAAAGCUACUUGUUAAAA